UAUACUAGACGCAAUGGAUCGCAUUAGCUUGAUUCCCUCGUCAUCUUAACUCACUUUAAUUUUCUUUUUGCACUUGCCACUUUCCUUCACUAGCAAUCCUUUAAUUGUGUCAUUGUCUUUCACCUUUUAUUUAACCAUUUAGAUGCAUAUCUGAUUUCAUAAUAGCAUUACCACCACCAUACCACAUUACACUCAUACAUAGCCACAUUAAUUAGUAGUCACUUGUAGGUCGAAAGACGAAGAAUGGGAGAUUGGGGUCCGGUGUUCGUGGCGGUGGUGAUGUUCAUAAUCCUAACGCCGGGGUUGCUCGUUCAGAUCCCCGGCCGCGACAAGGCGGUGGAGUUUAGUAGCUUCCACACAAGUGGACCUGCUAUACUUGUUCAUGCACUUAUCUAUUUUGCUUUGAUUUGCAUCUUUUUGUUGGCUAUUGGCGUUCAUGUCUACAUUGGCUAACCUUAGCUCAUUGUUAUGUCUUUGAGUCGAGAUUUUCAUGUAAGCUAUGUACAAUUGACCAUUCAUUUUGUGAUCGUCUUGUAGCAGUAUAGCAUGUGAAGGGGUCUCAAGCUUAUAUUAUGUGCGUAAUUAGUACGUACAAGAUGGAGCUUCCUCGGUAUAGUUUAUUCUUUUGGGUUGUCAUUUUUCUUUGUUUUUUCUCUCCUAACCCAACUGUUUUGCGGAAGAUUUCGUGUUUGUUAUUGUAAUUUAGAAGAUUUAUAAUUUAUUGCUUAUACAAAUUUUUAGUUAUUGAAGAAAUUCUUCGAGUAUUUGUGUGCGUUCUUUUGGUCCUACGAAGCCGAUCAAAUACCCAAUUUUUCUUUUUUAUUCUCAGAAGUCAGAACUACCUCUGAUUUUUGGUAGGUGUUAGAGGAUUUUAUUGUUAUGUAAUAUGAUUAGACAAAUUUGCUUGAUAAAAGGCUACCUAUGAACUUAAUUGUUGUUU